AUGGAGGAUAACAAGCCAAACGACCAUAAUGUUGCUAAUUUGGCGCCCGGCCGGCAACAGGUCGAUGAACUCAAUUGUCCGUCACACAGUCGUAAGAGAUGGACCAUUGACAGGACCUCGUCUAGCUGGCACGACUGGCUGCCUUUACACGAUCGACCACAUCUACGUUGGGCUCUAGCCAUCAUUCUGGCCAUUGCCAUCAUCGCCAUCAUGAUCGUAGGCAUCGUGUACACGAUCGAGUACUACGCCAUGUACUACGCCACGGGCCAUGGCGGCUGGCUAUACCGCGCGGCAGCCGACAGAAAUAACAAUAGCACCACCGACUCGUCGCAGGCUAUACCGGGAACCAUGACUGUGGAGGAGAGCUAUCCAGACGUGGUCUGGCAUACGAUGGACAAGGAGGAGGAGGAGGAUGCUUAUUGGAUUACCGAUCAGAGGUACCGGCCCAUGAUCCUACAGAUGGCGCCCUGUAUUCAAAAGUACAGUUGCGCUCAAUACGACAAACCUAGCGUCUGCUGCAAUGCUGGGCUCUUUUGCCACCAAACCGAUACCGACCUAAGCAACUCCGGUGUUUACUGCUGCAACAACUCGACGUGUCCGUCAGAAGGCCACCUCACAAGCUCCGCCAUAUGUCCGCAGGGGCUCAUGCAAUGCGGUGAGGCGGAGGGUGGUGGGUGUUGUCCUGGAGGUAGCCAGUGCGCCGAGGAGGGAUGUCUGUUAUUUGACCAACACAAGCCACCAGCUACUCCAUCGACACCAGCAUCGAGCAAUACAGUCCAGGAACCACACGUCAUGGCAACCGUGUACAAGAUUGGAGAGGUUCCGAGUCAAGCGGUGCAGAGAAGACUGGGAUACACUAGCCAUCCUGUUCUGGAGGGGUUGGUGCUUGUCGGUUUGGUCUUCUUUACUUUUUGA